AGAAAAACGCUCUGCCUGAAAACUACACUAAAUCAUCAACCUCAACAAUGUAAUAAGAUAAUAAGAAUCCGUCCAUUUACUUCAUCGAUUGCUCAUCACUGCUCAAAAUGACGCUCGAAGUGUGCAGCUCUAUGGAAACCAUAGAGCACUGUGAUAUCCAAUUCAACUUUCAGGCCAUGGAGCCCGAUCAAGAAACGGAAAUAGCCGCAGAAAACCUACAGAAUAUAAACAAAGAGUUAAUGUACCAGACUAGCACAACUGACAUAGACGCGAGUAUGGAGUAUCUGCCGGCUGAUAUACAGAGCUGCGUGGAGAUCGAGUCUAGUAACGUUAUAAGUAUACCAGAGAAUCAAAUAGUAGAAAUACAAUUUCAAAAUGAGACUGGUCUGAUCAAUACAGAGUAUAUAGUCAAUAAUAAUCUAAUAGAAGCUGAUAAUAUUAUUAACUUAAAGGAUGGUGUUUAUGAAAAAAUCAUUCCUUACGAAAUCUAUGAUUCUACAGAGCCUAGUACUGAAUCUUUUGAAGUAGUUCAAGAAAUGGAAGAGCCCAAGUUUAAAUCAGAAAUAUUAACUCAAAGCAUUAUUAAUAUUCCUUUGUUGAGUCCUCAAAGCGAAAACGAUGAACAAAACGAGACAGACCUGACCAGUUUGACUUGGCUGCACAAUAUCACUAACAUUAUGUCAGUUCCUAACAUUCCUACUCCUCCUGUAUCUCCUACUCCUAAACCAAAAAGAAAACCCACUGGAAAUCAAGAAGACUUAACGAUUAACAUUAACUAUUAUAAAAAGAAUGGCGAGAAAAAGCCACCGUUUUCGUAUGCCACUUUGAUAUGUAUGGCAAUGGGGAAAAACGGUAACAAAAUGACUUUGUCUGCUAUUUAUCACUGGAUUAGAGAAAACUUUUUGUACUACAGGAAAGCUCAUCCUAGCUGGCAGAAUUCAAUAAGGCACAACCUUUCCCUGAACAAAUGUUUUGUCAAACAUCCUCGAUCAAAAGACCAGCCCGGCAAAGGAGGUUUUUGGAAACUGGAUUUAGAACGACUUGAAGAAUCUAGGCGGUCAAAAAGAAGAUCAAGUUUGACAGUAAGGUCACCAAGGAAUCGACAUUGUGAUCAGAAAACGCAGAAACCGUUGAGGAAACCAAAAAGGUAUCGAUCAAAUCAAAACACUGGCGAAAGAAAACACAACAUUCUCUCCAACAUAUCCAUUUGCGGAGAUACUGACAUAGACAACUUCGAAGACGAAAAGAAAAAGAAAGAAAACAAACCGGAGAAAAGGUCUCAAAAAGAAGUGCUUCUUCUACCGAAACUGGACGAAAUAGAAGACGAAUCUCAUAAAGAUGACGACACCAAUGACUUCGUACCAAGCUCCAUGCCAAACCAAUCAGUGGUGACGGAACCAGUCAACCAGAUGCUAGCUGAAGACGAACUAACUGGCUUGCUGCUGGCGACGAACGGUUGGGAUGACUGUCAGUUAGAAUUAUUGGAUUCUCUGUUAGAUUCCUUGUAAUAUUUUGUAGGGAAAAGUGUAUAGUUAGAUUUUAUAUGAAACAGAAAUGACGUGUAGUUUUUUAUGGAAACUAAAAGGCUUACUAGAAGAUUGAAAGCUUCAAUGAAAGAGUAGGUAUACUAUGAAAAUAGUUUAUCUAAACAUAUAAGCAACUUAUUAUAGAAAUCAUGUAUACAAAUACCUUAUUUUUCAAGUAUCUAUUGAUUUUUCUUCAUUAUUCUGUUCUUUUAAACUUUCUUCAUCUCGUUCAGUUUCAUAGUGGACUCUUUUUGUCUGAAAGCUCCUGGUCAAGUUGCUUCUAGUUAUUCUACCUCUUCGAAUUUUUGUAUUUUUCCUUCUCUGAUUGAUUUCAGGUAUUGUCCUUGUAUGUAUUUUCUAUCUGUCCAUUCCAUAUAUUUGGCAUUUUUUUCGUUUAUUUAUAUCCCUUUCUUUCACGCUUUUGCUUCUAGUCAUUUUAGUAUUUCUUUUAAUUCCUGUUUACUUCUGGCUAUCAGUACUAUGUCAUCUGCGAAUGCUAGGCAUUGGUGUUUUCGUUUAUAUAAAAGUCCUGUUCUAUUGAUUUCGGCUUCUUCUUUGACAACAACUUCUUGGAUACUGAACAACAGUGAUGACAAUGGAUACUCUUGUCGCACCUUCUCACUAAUUUUCAUUUCAAGUAGUGUCUUGUAUAUUUCUUUCUGCUUUACUCUAUCAAAAGCUUGUUUAAUGUCGAUAAAUAAGGAUACUGUAGAUUUCCCAUAUUCGUAGCUUUCUGUUUGUAUUUCGUGCAGCUGGAAAAUUUGAUCUACUGUACUGCGUACUCUCUAUUAUUUCUGUCAUUUCUUUUUCAUUAGGCGGUAUUUCCUAUGUUCUUUCUUGAUUAGUAUUUUCCUUCAGUUCUUCUUCCCCAUUGUCUGUUAUGGGUAUUUCGUUUAAAAGCUAUUCGAAGUAUUCUUUCAAAUCUGUUCAAUAUUUCUUCAUCACUUAGUAAAUUCCUUCCAUUUUGGCUUUUAUAGUGUAGAGCCUACAUUUUUACUGAGUUUUACAAUUUAAAAAGCUUCAAUUUUAUUUAUUUUUAAGCUCGACAUUAAAUUCAUGUUCUAAGAAAUAUAAAUAUUCUACUGAAUUUUGCUGGUAAAAUGAUCAAACUAAGUCAUCUUCAGUUUAUAUAUGCUCAAAUUAAAAAAAAAUAUUGAUUUGCUCAAAAAGAAACAGUACAGCAAUUUGCUCAAAUUUUUCAUCAUUAGUGCAUUAUUUAGACUUAUUUCUGAAAUAAUGUGAAUUUUGGAGAUAUGUGAGCUUUUUUGUUAAUCUACUAAAAUGUAUUAGUACUAAUCCAAGUACUUAGUGAUAAAGAUGAGCAAAACCUACCGGUUAUAACCUAAAACCGGUUUUUUUACUAAGCAAUAGUCGGUUUUACCGGUUGUUUUUUUGUCCCGGUUAUAACCGGUUUUUUCGUUUUAAAGUAAUAACCGGUGAAAAACCGGAUAAGUGGAAAAAAAUAAUGAAUUCAGAAAAAAAAUGGGAAGAUUUUUACUUCCACACGCACGAAUGAAAAAUUUUAAGCUGACCGAAACCGAUUUGACUGAUUUCUAUACUGAUAUGGAUUGAUAUCGAUUAGAAUGGAGUAUCGCAAACUAAAGCUCAAUAUAAAUGUAACCUAUUGGGUAUUGCCUAUUGACUAAAAAACCGAAAACCGGUUUUUGAAAUAACCGGUUUUUUGACCGGUUAUAACCGCCAGGUUAAACCCUAGGUGAAAAAACCGGUAUAAUCGAAAACAGGUGUUUUGUCAACAACCGCCAUCCCUACUUAGUGAGGUUGAUCAUACAGUGGCCAACAAUUAGAGCGGAUUUCUAUCCACGUGAUCUAGAUUUAGAGGAUGACAAAAAACUUAUGGGAAUACAUAAAAUAUACUAAAAUACUAUUGCCAUACCUUUAAGAAAUGAUUUAACAUGUUUAAAAAAAUUUAAAACAUUUUUAAUCUAUAAAAAAGCUCGUGUAUGCUCAAAAUAUGCACAAAAUAAAUUUUAUUAUGUGUUUUUCAGCUCAAUAAUAUUAUUAAAUUAAAUAACCCCAUAUUUAUGAUCCGUGGAAUUGAAAAACUUGUGACACAGUGUGUUUUUGUGCCUUUUCCAAACACGUGUGGAAUUUCUUAAAAAUUGUAUAUAUAUAAAUGUUGAUAACUUGCUUAUAAAGUGUGGAAAUUUAUUAGACAUUGGGCACACCCUUAAAAAAAUGAUUACCUCUCUCAUGAGACUUUUUUUAUUCAAUUUUCCAUGUCGAGUCGGACAACUUUUCUAUUUCGGAAAAUUUUCGGGAGGGGGGCGUUUAGUAUGGGUAGUAGUUUAGACCAUAUAUCGAGGUUUCUAAACUUUAGUGCGCCAGUGCGUCCGAAAACUGGUGUACCCUUAAAAACUUGUCGAACAAUAUUACGAGUAAAUUGUAAGUGUUUUUAUCAAACAAUCCUGCAAAAAAUCAUAAUUUAUGAACUAAAAAGGGGUAGUUCCCUAGGUUGGCUGUAUACCAUAUAGUUAAAAAACUCUAACAUGAAGUAAAAACCACUUCUAUGUAAUAGG